AUGAGGGUGUUCUAUAUGUUCUCUUUGCCAAUGACAAUUGGCAUGGUGAUUUUUACAUUGAGAUAUUUCUCUGGACCUGAUGUCCCUAAAUAUGUGUUUUUCACCGUUGCUUAUACCUGGUUCUGCUCCCUCUCCAUCAUCAUCCUUGUCCCGGCCGACAUAUGGACGACGCUAAAUGGUAAUUAUAAUGGAGUCAUUUCCUUCUUGUGGAGCUUAUCAUAUUGGAGUACCUUCUCGCUUACAUGGGCUGUGGUUCCCCUUAUUCAGGGUUAUGAAGAUGCUGGAGACUUUACUGUCAAAGCCAGAUUAAGAACAAGCUUACAUGGAAACCUUGUUUUCUAUCUCUCUCUUGGUUCUGUUGCACUUUCUGGAUUGAUAUUACUAAUUGCUCUUAACAAAUUUUGGACUGGUAGUGUUAUGGGUUUUGCUAUGGCUUGCUCUAACACAUUUGGACUUGUUACGGGUGCAUUUUUACUCGGAUUCGGUAUGAGUGAAAUUCCAAAGGGUAUUUGGUUAAAUGCAGAUUGGACCAUUCAGCAAAAAUUUCUUUCCCACAAAGUUGCAAAAAUGGCUGUCAAAUUAGACGACGCUCAUCAAGCUUUUUCAAAUGCCAUCGUUAUCACACAGGCAACAUCAAAGCAAAUGUCCAAGCGGGAUUCUUUGAGGCCCUACAUGAAUAUAAUUGACAAAAUGAUGCUACAGAUGUUGAAAGAAGAUCCUUCCUUCAAACCACAGGGAGGGACACUAGGAGAAAAAGACAUGGAUUAUGAUACAGAUGAGAAAUCAAUGGCUUCACUAAGACGUCGUCUUAGGAGAGCCCGCGUGCAGUAUUAUCGAUAUAGAAGUGAAUAUACCAAAUUUGUCCUAGAAGCCCUUGAGCUGGAGGAUACCGUAAAGAACUGCGACAGUCGUGAUGCUACAAGAUGGAAAUAUAUUUCAUGCUUGAGGCCUGAACGAAAAGGCAAAGUAGGUGCAAUUUUGGAUACAAUUGAGUUUCUAUGGCGGUGUAUAUUAAAGAAACAAGUUGAGAAAUCAUUAGCUGUUAUAUUAGGCUUCAUGUCGUUUUUCAUUCUAUUAGCAGAGGCUACCAUACUACCCAGUGGAGUUGACUUAUCUCUUUUCUCUAUCCUAGUACAUGCUGCAGGACAGAAAGAAGUGCUUGUGCAGUUAGCUGCUUUUGUCCCUUUGAUGUAUAUGUGUGUUUGUACAUAUUAUUCCUUGUUCAAAAUUGGAAUGUUGAUGUUUUACUCGUUGACGCCAAGACAAACAAGCUCUGUAAGCUUGCUUAUGAUAUGCUCGAUGGUGGCAAGAUAUGCUGCACCAAUUUCAUACAACUUUCUCAAUCUCAUCAAUAUCGGCGGGGGUAGAAAAACUAUUUUCGAAAAAAAAAUGGGAAACAUUGAUGAUGCUGUUCCUUUUUUUGGCAAAGGAUUCAACAAAAUUUACCCUCUUAUCAUGGUUAUAUACACUUCACUAAUAGCAGGCAAUUUCUUUAACCGAAUUAUCAACUAUUGCGGGAAUUGGAAAAUAUUCAAGGUUAAUAAUGAAGAUGCAGAAGAUAUGGACGGAUUUGACCCGUCCGGAGUAAUAAUCUUGCAGAAAGAGCGUUAUCUUCUUCAGCAAGGACACAAUGUUGGUGAACUUGUUUUCCCUUUAGCUAGGAGUUUCAACAUAAAUGUGGUUGUUGAGUCUGUCAACAGAACCAAGGCUCUGGAAGAGAGUACCUCGGGCGAAGAUAAAACGAGCAUCAUGGUAGAGGCGAAAAAUGAAGAAAAUCAGAGUGACAUGAGCAAAAGAAUUGGUGGCAGAAAGUAUUCAGCCUUAAGGACAAACCCGAAGGAAGAAGGGUCGAGCAAAGAUUUCACCCUGGAAAGAGAAUCUUCUUCUUUAACAAAUGAUGCUAGUGAUUCUCUUCAGGACAUUAGUUCAGGGCCAUCGUCUGUGGUAGCUACAAAAUGGGAAUCAAUGAUGAAUGGAUUUAAAAGUUUGAAAUCUAACAUUGACUCCAAGAGAUUCCUUCCUCUUAGUAAUAGUACACAGACAUCGUAUCUUAACUCGCAAUCUUCGUUUGAAUCUCUUGAUGAUAUAUUUGAGAGAUUGAAACGUCCACCUUUGGAACAUAGAGAUUCUGGUGGUGACUAA